CAGUUUUCCUUAACUUUCCAGGAUCUAAAGCGGGUGCUGUCCUUCCCUCCAUACCCCGGGGAUUACCUGCAUCCAGUAGUGUACGCCUGCACGGCCGUCAUGCUGCUCUGCCUGCUCGUCUCCAUCAUGACUUACAUCGUCCACCACAGUGUGAUCCGCAUCAGCAGAAACGGCUGGCACACCCUCCUCAACUUCCUCUUUCACACAGGACUCACGUUCGGAGUUUUUGCUGGAGGCAUCAAUCAGAUCAACCGUCCUUUGGUCUGUCAAAUUGUCGGCAUUGUGCUUCAUUAUGCUUCCUUGUCAACCAUGCUUUGGUUGACAUUCACUGCUAGAAAUAUUUGUAAAGAUGUCUCCAAAGACCCCCAUCGGACUCAGGACAGGAGCGGACCAGCCCAGACGCGCACCAAGCCGACCGUACUCAGAUUCUACCUUGUCAGCGACGGCAUACCUCUCCUUAUUGUGGGAGUGACGGCAGCCUUUGGGAUGGAGAACUACGGCAGCCGGGAGGACGCUAUGUAUUGCUGGAUGGCGUGGGAGCCCAGCCUGGGGAGCUUCUACGCCCCGGUGGGUCUGCUGGUUUUGGUCAUGUGUGUGUACUUCCUGUGCACCUACGUGCAGCUCAAACGCCACCCGGAGAGGAGGUACGAGCUGCGCGUCCUGAGUGAGGAGCAGCAGCAGCUGUCCCUCUGUGGCAUGUCGCUGCUGGCCAACGAGCACUCCUUUAAGUCCCAGCUGCGGGCCACGGCCUUCACGCUCCUCCUGGUGCUGGCCACCUGGGCCCUGGGCGCGCUGGCCGUGUCCCUGGGACACUUCCUGGACAUGAUCUUCAGCUGCCUGUACGGGGCCUUCUGCGUCACCCUGGGGCUCUUCCUCCUCAUCCAGCACUGCGCCAAGCGGGACGACGUGUGGAACCGCUGGUGGGCCUGCUGCCCCUCCAGGCCCAAAACCCAGGACGGCCCCACCCAAAGGCAGGAGCUCCACCAGCCCAGCUGCCACAUGAGCUCCCAGUGCCCGGGGAAGCAGCCCCACUUUGUACAGAGCUGCUACGAUCAGAUCACCCCCCCCCCCCAGAGCCCAGCCCCGAGCCACUCCGGCCCGUGCUGUGUGGCCGUGAUGAGCCCCGCCUCCCCCAUCUCGCCUCUCAUGGAGCCCGUCUCCUCACCGUGUCCCCCGGCUCUGCCCGACGAGCUCCCCCGCCCCCCCCUCCCCCUCCAGAGCUGCCUUACGGACAGAGCGAAGUCCCGCUCCUUCAGCCGGCCGCGCCCCUGCCUGCAGAGCUACCGCUCCCACCUGGCCUCCCUCAGUAUGGACGCCGGCGUGCAGAGCCCCCACCUGGACAGCCCCCGCAAUACGCUCUACCUGGAAGGCUCCCCGCUGGUGUCCCACAGCGCCCACGCCGACGUCCAGCUGCCCUGCCCCAGCCCACAGCUGGACAAGCAGCUGGCCUCCUGCCUCGGCCUGCAGCGCCAGCCCUCCUGCCACAGCGUCCAGGACCGGCUGGCCUCCUGCCACAGCGUCCAGGACCCGCUGGCCUCCUGCCACGGCCACGCCCCCAGCAGGUACGACAGCAUCACGUCCUGCCACAGCCUGCACCUGCCCCCCCACGGGGGCCCCCCCUGCCAGUGGCACAUCUACGGCCCGCCCGAGCCCUCCUCCAGUGGCAGAUGCUCUGAAAAGCCAAACCCCUUCGCGUCACAAUACCAGCAGGAGCCUGACCCCUACACCUCAAAGGGGGCGGACACCGACCGGGAGGAGCCCGGUCUGCAGCCCGGUCUGGAGCCCGGUCUGGAGUCUGGUCUGGAGUCCGGUCUGGAGUCCGGUCCGGAGCCGGAGGGCCGGGGUUUCCCCAGAAACACGCUGCCCCGGCAGCACGCCACCGUCAGCCGGCGGGGGGCCAUCGGGAGGAACAGAAGUCUGCAGGAGGACGGUCUGCUCGGGUCAGGAAACAUACGGACUGGUCUCUGGAAGAAUGAGACCACCGUGUAA